AUGCCGUGGGAGCGGUGCCGAUGGCUGGCCCUGGCCACGGUUCUCACAGUGGGCUCGGUUUCCGGCGCCGCGCAGCGACUGAAGAAACCGAGCGUUGGAGGCAAGAGCGUUUAUUUCCUGGUGACGGACCGCUUUGCCAGAAGUGGAGAGAACAAGGACGACUACGAGUUUUGCGAUUUGGCCACUAAAGCAAAUCCCUUGGAGGGAAAUGGCGGCGCUUGGUGUAACGGCACGCUGCAAGGUGUGAUCGAUAAGUUGGACUACAUCCAGGGCAUGGGUUUCGACUGCAUUUGGAUCACACCUGUGGUGAAGUCUCUGGACUACACGGGCUACUUCGCCGAGGACUUUUUUGCGGUUGAUCCACAUUUGGGAACGAAAGAGACGUUGAAGGAUCUUUCCGCGAAACUUCACGAACGUCACAUGUGUUUGAUCAUCGACAUCGUGGCGAACCACGUGCGACAGAUGACGGUGCAACCGGACUGGACGCCAACGGCGACGAAGACCUAUUUGGGACCAAGGGGGAUCAACCCCUUUGAUCAGGAUGAAUAUUUUCACACCUACGCCAAAUCGCCGGGAAUUUCCUUCGAACAAUACGUCAUGGGAGGAGUCGCCCAGGCGUCGACAAGUCAAGGUAGCGAUGAAGUGCUGUCAAAACGAGUUAAAGCUGGCAUUACCAAGUGUGGGCCAACGCAUCCCAAUUUAACCGAGUGCAACUGUUUUCCUGGCAACUUUGGCCCGGCGUGUCCGGGUGCAAACGAGAAACUCCAAGUGGAGGGUUGGUUUGGCCAGUUGGCCGACCUGAAUCAGGACCAUCCCUUUGUUCGCCAGAAACUCCUUGAGUACGUGCAGUACCUGGUGGCGGAAUUCGAUGUAGACGCCUUCAGGCUUGACACGGCCAUCUACAUGCCCAAGGAUUUUUUGAAAGACUUGCAAGAUGCGGCCGGCGUGGAUAUUCUGGGGGAGACCACUGUGAACAACAUCAGCUACCACGCGGGAUUUCAGCAUGACGGCCUCACCGGGCUGUUGAACUUUCCUGCCUUUUAUCAGAUUCAUGGGAGCUUCUGCCAGUACCACUUGGGAGGUGAAUUGGGCAACUAUCACUUGCAAGGAGCCUUCACACCUCAAUUGCCGGACUUGCGCAACAUGUCAGCGGUCAUCGAUUUUCAACAAGAUUCGGGGUUAUAUUCAAACCUGGACUUAUUGGGCAACUUUGUUGACAAUCACGACGAGUUUGCGAGAAUUGCCUACUACUGCGAUCAAGAUUCCUACCGUAUCAAAAACGCCAUGGCUGCGUUGAUGUUUGCUCGUGGGGUUCCCAUCAUCUACUAUGGCACGGAGCAGGGCCUUGAUGGACAUCAGGCCAAUGUUUUAGAGAAAGCCGCGUUACAAAAGGAGAUGCAGGCAGAUAAAGGUCAAGCCUAUGUACGCGAAUCGCUGUGGCAGACCAGGUAUAAUACUUCAACCUGGCAAUAUCAGUACAUCAAGUUGCUGAACGAGAAACGAAAAGAGUUGGGCCUUGCAACGAGCGGCAUCAAAUUCAAAGGAGUGGCAUCCACAGCUACGCAUUCCAUCUUCAAGAGAAUCUUCCCCGCGGGAGACGAAAUUUGGGUCUUCGUGAACAACAACCAGAACUGGACUGGGGACGCUCCAUACCUUUAUUGCCCAGCUCCAAGUGAACAUGAGCAAUGGUACGAUGUCCUCUCUGGGAACCGCGCCUUCUUACGACAUAACUGCUACAUGGCAGAAGAUGCUGCACCCAAAAUUCUCGUGAGAAGAAUGAGAAUGCCAAUCGUUUACGCCGUUGAGAGAAUCAGCGAGACCGUUUGGGUUCUUUGGGUCUUCAUUUUGCUGCUACUUCUGACGGUCCUUGGAUUGUUGUUCUGGAUGCAUCGGCACCUGUUCUUGGGUCGCCGCUUCAAGGUCAUGUCCGAGGAGCCAUGA